CGUUCAAAGCGUAUUCCUCAUCUCUCCAUCUGCUUCAUUGCGCGCCGCGGCACACACACUCUCUCUCUCUCUCUUCGAAAUGGAGAUGGGAAGUGUGAUCCAGUUUCUGGAGAACAAGACCAUUUUAGUCACUGGUGCAACUGGGUUUCUUGCCAAGAUCUUUCUGGAGAAGAUCUUGAGGGUUCAACCAAAUGUGAAGAAGUUUUUUCUUCUGUUGAGAGCUUCAGAUGCUAAAGCAGCUGCUCACCGUUUCCAGAACGAGGUCAUCAGUAAGGACUUGUUCAGAGUGCUGAAGGAAAAAUGCGGGUCGGAUUUCAACGCGCUCGUCUCGGAAAAGGUGACCAUCGUCCCCGGGGACAUCAUCUACGAUGAUCUGGGCGUCAAAGACUCCAGCCUCAGGCAGCAGAUGGUGGAUCAGAUCGACGCGAUCGUCAAUUUGGCCGCGACCACCAAGUUCGAUGAGAGGUAUGAUGUUGCUCUGGGCAUCAACGCGUUGGGGGCUAAGCAUGUGAUCAACUUUGCUAAGAAAUGUGGCAAAGUAGAUAUGCUGGUCCACGUGUCAACUGCCUAUGUAUGCGGAGAAAAGGGGGGUCUCAUACAAGAGAAGCCGUAUCAGAUGGGAGAGACCCUGAACGGCGUCGCCGGACUCGACAUCGACGCGGAAAGGAAAGUGGUGGAAGAGAAGCUGAACGAACUCCGAGCGGACGGAGCCACGGAAGAAGCAAUUACCUCGGCCAUGAGGGACUUGGGGCUUCAAAGGGCAGCGAGGUACGGAUGGCCAAACACGUACGUGUUCACAAAGGCAAUGGGGGAGAUGCUGGUCGGGCAAUUGAAAGAGAAUUUGCCUCUGGUCAUCUUGCGUCCCACCAUCAUCACCAGCACCUACAAAGAGCCUUUCCCUGGUUGGGUUGAAGGUGUGAGAACGAUCGAUAGCAUUGCCGUGGGCUAUGGCAAAGGGAAGCUAACAUGCUUUCUCUGCGAUUUGAAGGGAAUUAUCGAUGUUAUACCGGCCGACAUGGUGGUGAACUCCACCAUAAUGGCCAUGGCGGCGCACGUGAAUCAACCCGGCGAGGUGAUUUAUCAGAUGGGAUCGUCGGUGGGAAACCCCCUGAGAUACGCCAAUCUUAAAGAUUACGGGCUACAGUACUUCACCAAGCACCCAUGGACUAACAAGGAAGGGAAGCCCGUGAUAGUCGGUCCCGUCAAAGUGUUGGGUAGCAUGGCCAGCUUCCGCCGGUACAUGGCUGUUCGGUACUUGCUUUUGCUCAAGGGACUCGAAUUGGCCAAUGCAGCAUUCUGCCAAUACUUCCAGGGGACUUACCUGGAUAUGGACAGGAAGAUCAAGUUUGUGAUGCGGCUCAUCGAACUCUACAGACCCUACUUGUUCUUCAAGGGCGUCUUCGACGACAUGAACACAGAGAAGCUGCGAAUAGCAGCAAGAGAGACCGGUGUAGAAUCGGAUGUCUUCUACUUCGACCCCAAAUGCAUCGAUUGGGAGGACUACUUCACGAAGAUUCACAUUCCCGGAGUCGUCAAAUACGUCUUCAAGUGAACCGACAUACUUAUAAUUGGCAGUAUCAUAUAUUUUUUUUUGGCCCCUUUUCCUAUAUUGUGUGUCGUUACAGCAAAAUUAUUUUGCAUUUUAAGGCAUUGAUAAUUGAUUGUCUACACCAAGAACAAUGAACGAGACCGACAUACUUAUAAUUGGCAGUACCAUAUAUUUUUUUUGGGCCCUUUUCAUAUAUUGUGUGUCGUUGCAGCAAAAUUAUUUUGCAUUUUAAGGCAGUGAUAAUUGAUUGUCUACACCAAGAACAAUGAACAAUGUCCCAGUAUCCACUGAUUCUUUAUUGCUAAUAUUCACGAGCUGAUCAUGAUUUGUUGGA